CCUGCCACGCUGUCCGCGCUCAUUACCACUCUCUACCACACUCUACCACACACUACAGCUGCCUACCGCUACACGACGGGAGAUACCUGCACGGGAUACCUGCAGAUGUGUGACUGAGUGCAAGCGCUGGUAUGAUGCGGGUACUCAUCUGCCUGGCCGUAUGCUUGGCGGCAGCACGCGGGUGCGAGCUGGCCCCUGAAAACGCCGCUGCAAAGUCACCUGGUGAUAACUUCUACCGCCUGAUCAUCAAUGGAGACGUGGAACGAUAUGCACCAGGGCAACGAUACAUUGUGACUCUAGUAGGGUCUCGAACCCACGACGUGGUGCAGCAGUUCACCAGGUUCCGUCUAGUCGCGGAACCGCUGGACCCGGCGGGGCCGCGCUCCCCCAGCAAACUGGGGCAGUUCCAGCUGUUCGCAGACACACUCAGCAAGUUCGACGAGGAGUGCGUGAACUCAGUGGUGGAGGCUGACGACCUGCCCAAGACGGAGGUGCAGGUCAUGUGGAAGGCGCCCGCUACAGGCUCCGGAUGUGUGCUAUUGAAGGCGAUGGUGCACGAGAACGCCAGCCGCUGGUUUGCAGAGGAUGGUCAGCUGACGAAACGCGUCUGCGAGGACACCUCGCUAGCAGCAUCCGACUGCUGCGCCUGCGACCACGCCAAGUAUAAGAUGGUAUUCGAGGGCCUGUGGUCUGCCCAGACCCACCCGAAGGAUUUCCCCGUGGAGACCGCGUGGCUGACACACUUUUCAGAUGUCAUCGGCGCCACACACCCCAAGAAUUUCUCCUUUUGGGGAGAGGGUCAGAUCGCUACCGAUGGAUUUAGAUCAUUGGCAGAGUGGGGCUCGGUGGACCUGCAGGAGCGCGAACUGCGCCAGAAGGGCAAGCUGUUGCGCUCCAUCGUGAAGGCACAGGGUCUGUGGUACCCACGCGUCAACACCAAUACCACCGCCAGUUUCAGCGUCGACCGCAAGCGGCACCUGCUCUCGCUUGCCUCCAUGUUCGGUCCGUCCCCCGACUGGGUGGUGGGCGUGAACGGGUUGGACCUCUGCCAGAAGGACUGCACCUGGGUCGAGUCCAAGGUCAUCGAUCUGCUUCCGUAUGACGCCGGCACCGAUAACGGCAUCUCCUACAUGUCCCCAAACUCGGAGACGAAUCCCCGCGAGAGGAUGUACCGCAUCACCACUAUGUACCCAGAAGAUCCCCGAGCGCCAUUCUACAACCCCCAAUCGAAACAGAUCCCGCCACUGGCGAGGUUGUACCUCACGCGGGAGAAGCUUAUCUCACACUCCUGCGACGAGGAGACGCUGCAGUCACUUAUUGUGGAGGAGACUGAGAAUACGGACGCUGUUAACAAACCGGAGUGCGGGGUGACCGCGUGGGGGCCGUGGUCUGCGUGCUCGGUGAGCUGCGGUAAGGGUCUGCGCAUGCGCACACGGCAGUUCUCCGAGCCGCAGCGUGCCCAGGCCGCCGGCUGCAGCCGGCAGCUAGUCUCCAAGGAGAUGUGUGUAGCAGCCAUACCGGAGUGCAACAACGAGGAGGAAACCGAACCAGACAACGAGUCAGUGCCCCCCAUCGAGAACGUUGGCGGGAUCUGCAAGACGACGGAGUGGGGACCGUGGAGCGAGUGCUCGGUGACGUGCGGCAUCGGCAUCAGCACCAGGCGCAGGCAGUUCCUCAACCAUAUGGGCCUGAAGAAGUGUCCUCUCGUAUCAGUAGAGGAGAACCGCAAGUGUAUGGAGCCGGCAUGCACGGAGGCUGAGGAGGUGGAAGUCGUGGACCCCACGUGCCCGACGACUCCCUGGGCGGCGUGGUCCCCUUGCACGGCGUCCUGCGGCCGCGGGGUGAGGUUCCGUACGCGGCUGCUGCUAGUGCCGCCGACCCAGCAGCUGUCCUGCUCGGAGCGAGUCGAGCUGCUGCAGCAGAGGCCUUGCGUCGAGAGAGAAGACUGCCAGAUCGAUAUGGCUACAGCCAAGCGUAUUUGUAUGGAGGAGCCGUCGCAGGGCCCCUGCCGCGGUAUGUACCAGAGGUUUGCGUUCAUCCCCAUGAAGGGUAUGUGCAUACCCUUCAACUACGGGGGCUGUCGAGGGAAUAGGAACAACUUCCUCACUCAGGAGGACUGCCUCGCCACCUGCAGCGUGAUACUCGGUGGUGGAGGACCGGGUGGCAGCGUGCCUGCACCUAGUGCAACGGCAGCACUGAAUGCUGCAGUCAGCUCCAACUACCCUGGACUUAGCAUCAGCUCCAUCGUGCCACUGCCGCCCACAGUGAACGGUCCCACCCUGUCGCACCCUAACGACUGCCAGGUGAGCCCGUGGAGCGGGUGGAGCCGAUGCAGCGUCUCCUGCGGAGUUGGAUACCAGGAGCAGACGCGUACCCUGAUCACUCCAGCAGGGCCAGGCGGCGCGGCGUGUCCUUCACGGAUGCACAGGCGACGUCGGUGUAUAAAACACUGCUAGAGCACUAUUUAAAGCUGACAAAUUAGUUUGUAAGCAUGUUUUGUCUUUGUCUUACUGACUAGCAUGCGCCUUGUAUGAUAGAGAGGUAAAUAUAAUAGAAAAUAAUCGAUUAAUGAGAAAUAAAUUUCAAAUAAAUAAUUAAUAAAAUAAUACUUGAACGAUAUAAACUUCCCCCCUCCGAUCCGAUCCGAUUUCCCCCCUGUUCAAUUCAAACGGGGAUCGAAAUUACGACGGCUUGAGCUGAGGUUUGAACUCCUAGAGGUGGCCUCAGACUAAAGUCGUAUCCGUCAGGAGGGAGUUGGCCUUCAGCCGCUCCAUAACUUCCGCGGGUUUGGAGUGCCAUCUGCACUCGCCCCCUAUCGUCCGGCGAAGCUGUAAAGGCCAGCUGGAGCCAACAGCGUUAGAGUAGUCCGAAAAAAAACUUCAAUAUUUUUUUUUGUGAUUUGUUUAUUAUAUCCUUGUUAGAGUUAAAAUUCACAUAAAAUGUCUACUUAUCAUAAUAUGAUAUUUGCAAUAUAAUAGAAUAAUUGAAUAUGUGUUAGUACGAUACAUUACUUACGUACGCAUUUAUUUUUACAUUUAUGUUUUAAGUUAAAAAAAAAACUAUUCUCGCUAAAUGAAUGUUUGAGAUAAUUUUUACUAUUGUCCUAAUUCAAUUUAUUUAUCUGUAAUUAAUUAUAUUCUAUGUCAAUUGCCAAA